AAUCCUCUAUAAAUGCACGGUCCCCCUGACAUUUUACUCUCAUAACCCAAACAAAUAAAAAGUGUUUGUUCGUCGUCUUGAAGAAGCGAAAAAAUGGCUGACGAAGAUUUUGAAAUGGACGGAGGAUAUGAGGAUGAGCCACUGGAGCCAGAGCUUGAUGAAGGAGCAGAGGAGGAUGUUGACGCAGAUGCAAAUAAGGAAGAUGAUGUGGCUGAUCCUCUGUUGGCUGACGGUGAAGAGAAACAGGAAGAGGAACCAGCGGAACGGCCUCGGAAAACAUCAAAAUAUAUGACAAAGUAUGAACGUGCAAGAAUCCUAGGGACACGGGCCCUGCAGAUAAGCAUGAAUGCUCCUGUGAUGGUUGAGUUGGAGGGUGAAACUGAUCCACUUGAGAUUGCAAUGAAGGAACUGCGUCAGAGGAAGAUACCUUUCACCAUCCGUCGUUACCUGCCUGAUGGGAGUUAUGAAGACUGGGGCGUCGAUGAAUUGAUUGUGGAAGAUUCGUGGAAGAGACAAGUUGGGGGUGAUUAGUGUGGAAGUGUUUAUGAUCCGAAUUUGUUGGCAUUAACUUUCUAAUUAUUAGGGACCUUAUUGCUAUGAUGUAAACCUUUAAAGUUUGAUCUAUGUUGAAGUAUUCAGUGUUGUAAUUAAAUGUGCAACAGAAGUCUCUAGAUAUGCAUGGAGACUUUUCUUCGGUACUAUUAUGUAGUCCUCCCUGAAACUGAGAAGUAAGUUAUGUUCUCUAGUAUGUUUAACUUUCCAGGAGAAACUUGUGGUGCUUGCUAAGCGUAAUAUGAUUUGUUUGAGCAUGUAA